AUGCGCGGCGUCGUGCGAGCCGGCGGGGGCGGGGAGAGCUGUUGGCGGGGUUGCGCAGGCAAUGUAAGCGUUUUAGUGAUAUGAUAGAGGAAACAGGAAUGUCAGCUCUUUGUCCACCACCAUCUCCUGCAGUUGCAAAAACAGAGAUCUCUUUGAAUGGAGAGUCACCUUUAUUAGCUGCUACUUUUGCUUACUGGGACAAUAUUCUUGGCCCCAGAGUGCGACACAUCUGGGCCCCAAAGACCGAACAGGUACUUCUCAGUGAUGGUGAAAUAACUUUUCUUGCUAACCACACCCUGAAUGGAGAGAUACUUCGGAAUGCAGAAAGCGGUGCAAUAGAUGUGAAGUUUUUCGUUUUGGCAGAGAAAAGAGUAAUCAUUGUGUCAUUAAUCUUUGAUGGAAACUGGAAUGGAGACAGAAGUACAUAUGGACUGUCAAUUAUACUUCCACAAAGUGAACUUGGCUUCUACCUGCCUCUUCACAGAGUGUGUGUGGAUAGGUUAACACAUAUUAUAAGGAAAGGAAGAAUAUGGAUGCAUAAGGAGAGGCAAGAACAUUUCCGGAAGAUUGUCUUGGAAGGCACAGAGAGAAUGGAGGACCAGGGCCAGAGCAUCAUUCCAAUGCUGACAGGAGAAGUUAUUCCUGUAAUGGAACUUCUUUCCUCUAUGAAAUCACACAGUGUUUCAGAAGAAAUAGAUAUAAGUGAUACAGUGCUAAAUGAUGAUGACAUUGGGGAUAGUUGCCAUGAAGGCUUUCUCCUCAAUGCAAUUAGUUCACAUCUGCAGACCUGUGGUUGUUCUGUAGUUGUAGGAAGCAGCGCAGAAAAAGUUAAUAAGAUUGUGAGAACAUUGUGUCUGUUUCUUACACCGUCAGAACGGAAAUGUUCCAGACUCUGUAGAAAUGAGUCUUCUUUCAAGUAUGAGUCUGGACUUUUUGUUCAAGGAUUACUCAAAGAUGCAACAGGAAGCUUCGUGUUGCCCUUCCGUCAAGUAAUGUAUGCUCCAUAUCCUACUACACAUAUAGAUGUAGAUGUCAAUACAGUGAAGCAGAUGCCGCCUUGUCAUGAACACAUCUAUAACCAACGACGAUAUAUGAGAUCUGAGUUGACAGCAUUUUGGAGAGCUAAUUCAGAUGAAGAGAUGUCUCAGGAUCCUAUUAUCCACACAGAUGAGAGUUUCACACCUGAUUUAAAUGUCUUUCAAGAUAUCCUGCAUCGAGAUACGUUGGUAAAAGCCUUCCUGGAUCAGAUCUUUCACCUGAAACCAGGCUUGUCUCUAAGGAGUACUUUCCUUGCACAGUUUCUGCUAGUCCUUCACAGAAAAGCCUUAACUUUAAUAAAAUACAUAGAGGAUGACACGCAAAAAGGAAAAAAACCUUUUAAGUCUCUUCGUAGCUUAAAGAUAGACCUUGACCUAACAGCAGAGGGCGAUCUUAACAUAAUAAUGGCCUUAGCUGAGAAGAUUAAACCAGGUCUACAUUCCUUCAUCUUUGGGAGACCAUUCUACACUAGUGUACAAGAACGUGAUAUGCUGAUGACAUUUUAAAGCUCUCCACUGUUGAUGUGUAAUAUUGCAGUCUUGCAUGCCAGUAAAACCAAUCAGUGUGGACACCACGUUUCUAACAAUCACUGUUCUGAUUCCUAAUGGAGCAAUAGUAAUAAAGUGACACUACCAUAUGUCAGAAGUAGGAAAAAGUGUUAUCAGAAGGAAUAUCAACUUAACUAGAAAAGCAUGAUUUUAAUGAACCCCUUUCUUCUGUCCACUUUUUUUGACAGUAAAAAUAAAUACUACCAGAAGUUCUUUUGUGAUAUGGGCUCAGUAGAAAAAUUUAAACAUGUUUUGGUUUAAGGAUGCUGUUUUUAUUUUCCUUCCCCACUGAAUUCCUUCAGGUGUGUGUGCUAGUUUUCCCCUGUUCUGCUAUCAGUAUUUAUAGUGUUUCCACAGAAAGCAAUGUAUCUGUCCUCUCUAGGGGUUGGAAGAUGAGGUCUUCCCAAAAGUUUCAAGUUUUUAAAAGUGUUCUUAUAUAUAGGUGGUACAAACAUGCCUUCCUUAGUCUCCCUUUUUAACACUAGUAGCUCCUUCACUUAGAGCAUUUAAAGGAGGUUAUUUUUUUUUAAAGUACCACAUGGUGCUAUGCUUGUGUGCAAACUGUUGACUGUUAGCAGCAUAAAUUGCAGCACUCUGCACUUGGGAACUGGGUCUUUAUUUAAGCUGUUUUGUUCAUUUAAGUGACAACCAGGAUAUUCUGCCACAGAUUGUUGGGCCAUCCUGCAGUUAAGUGUUAAGUUAAUGUUCCAGCAUAAUUGAGCUCUUUCAAAGCACAAUACGGAAAAUUUGUUUUACUCAGCUGCUGUUGACAGCCUUUGGCUGUUAACUGCUGCUCUUUUUUCCAUUGUCAGUUUGUAUGCAGGCCAGAUUAAAGCAUUAGACCUUCCCAACGUGAGAGCCAAACAAAAAGAUAAAACGGAUUUUUUUUGCCUUUAAUAAUAGUCAUCUUUAAUUCAGGAAUCAGUACAACUAUGAACUUAAGAGAUCAGCAUUUUACCAAGUGAGUUUUAGUGAAACUCCAUCAUCUCCAACUUUGCUUUUCUUGAAAAUAAAAGGAAGUGCAGAAAGUCUUCUAUUUGUAUGCCUUAACUUUUUCAGUAACAUGAGGAGUAGUGUAGUGUGUCAAGUUACCUAGAUCCAGGUUUUUCUGACACUUCGGCGCAUGGUUGUGCCACAUAGUAUGUGCUAUAUUGAAACUAGUGAUACAUCUGUACUGCAUGAUGGUAUAUUUCUCUUCUUUUUGGACAAAGGCAGGAAUAUAUUUGUGUCAUGUUUUAGUGUAACCUCAUAACUAGUUAUUAAUUGUGAAAGAACUGCUUUCGUGACUUGAAAAGCUGCUGUUGCUUUAUUGCUGAAAUUGUUCGUAGCAGUCCUUGGAGGACAGUUUUCUGAUUUCAAGAUAGUUUUUAGUGGCUCUUCCAUGAAAUGAGACAUAAAAUUAACAAUUCAUAGUCAUUUUCUGAAAUGUCAGUUACUAUGAUCUUAAGUGGAAUACUGUCAGUUUUUAACACAUUCAGAAUUCUUUUACAUUUCAUGGAAAGGAAAGAUUUACCAUUAAAUAUUGAGAGCUUCAAAAGAAGGGCAAUUGUGUCUUAGCUGUUUACCCUUUUAUGAAUGAAAAUGAUUAGCCCUAUCCAGCUUUUUUCUUUCUUUCUUUCUUUCUUUCUUUCUUUCUUUCUUUUUUUCAGUACAUUUGUGGUACAACUUUUGGAAAAUAAGCACAGUUUUUCAUCAGGAGAACUUGUCAGAAUUACACUGACAUAAGUCACUUGUACUGAGAUCCUGUUCAUUUUGCUACCUUUUUUCUUUCUUUCUGCACUUUAGUCUGUUUAUUAGAAAAGAGCCUGAUUGAUAAGUUUUUACUAUCAUGUCCAAGAUUGUGGGGGAAAAAAAUGUAAUAAACACUUCUGAAACUUACAUAGAAGUGGCGUUGAAGUCUAAGUAGCUUUAAAUGCGGUGCUGGAAUUAAUCACUUUAGCUUGAUAAGCAUUGGAAACCAAAGACUGACACUACUAACAGUAAAGCUCUAAUUGUUUAUUGAAGAUGCUGUCACUUUUUGACUAAAUGCUGUAAACUUCAAUUGCUACUUUUGUUACACUGCUGCCCGUGCAGAAUGUAUUGUGAAGUAAGCUAUUAAAUGCAUCUGCAUGUUCUGUUGUAAAUCUUGCUCAGGAAAGGAAAGUAUUCUAAUAAAAUUCAUACAGAAUUUUUGCCUUGAAUUUAUGCUGAAAAUUUUCAAAGAAUUAUUGUUCAGUAUCUGAAUCAUGUAAGCCCUUAUCCUUUGGAACAAAGAACAAACUUCUUUCUCAUUAAAAUUUUAAAAAGUUAAUUCUGAGAUGAAACAAUCUAAGAUCGUAAUUGACUGAGAGUCAUACAUUACCAACACUGAUACUGCGUGUGCUGUUUAAAAAUAGCAAUUUUUGAGAAGUCUCCAAGCUUAGUUUCUCUGGUUCUGUUAGGGAUGGGUUCAUUUUUGGCUAAGUGAAAAAAAGUGAGGCUUAUUGUAUGCUUAAAAAAGGAAUUAAGCCCUACUUUUAAAAAGUCUUAAUCCCAUACGUGGUAAUACAGAAAUGUUUCAAGGAGUUCACUUAUAUCCAGCAGUCAGUGAAUACCUUUCUUCAGGGUUCCAGUUCCUUUUAGUUUAAAGAAUAGGACAAAUUUGUUACUUUCAUUUGGAUUUGAGAGUAGUGGUUUAGAGCACUUUUUAGCAGCACGUUUUUCCUAAUCUUGUUUCCUGGUCUUUGUACAGCUAUAAAGGUGACAUGGAAAAACAUCCACUGUUUUGAUACUGCUUAUCUCAAAUGUCUUUUUUGUUAAGACAUAACUGAUUGUCCCAAUCCUGUAUAAACACUGUAGCAAUGUAAUCCUACAUCACUUUGUGUUCUGCUGGCAUUCUCUGUGGCAGUAGUACUUGGAAAUAAUUUCUGAACUGUGGAGGAAGAGCUUCCUGGCCUUUGGAGGGGGGGAGGGGAAGGGGUUGUAGCUAAGGGUGGACAUACAGACAACAUGAAUAAUUAGGAGUACAAAGGGCCUUGACCUGGUCACAUAAGUCAAAGGACCGUAAGACCAUAAGGUCUAAUGACCUUUGUCAUUCCCUUUUUUGGGAACGACCUGGACUUGUCAGGGUGAAGAAAAUUUUAGGUUCAUUCUGCUUUUGGCAUUGUUACUGCCAAGGUUUGACACUCCCCCUUUAGAAUGGAGACUUGAGACAUACCUGAUGCAAACUGGUUAAGAUGUUUGUUGACGAAUGAACACACUACAAGGGUAUUGGUAGAGCAGCAAAAUUAGCAGUGAACUAGGCAAUCAGAUAUUCUAAUAUGCUAUUAUAUAAUAAUGAGUAUUAGGCUUCACUGUUAAUUAUAGGUAUUAAGACCAAAUAAUCACAUAAAUGAUCACUAUUGAGCUGUGUAAGUAUGGAGGUACAAAUCUACUUCCUCCCACACCAAGUGUUAUGGACACAGAUCUAAUGGUAGGUUGUCCAAGGUGGGUCCCUCUGGCAUCCCAGUGGGUUGAGGCAUGCAGGUAUGUAUCACUGCUGCCAGUAGGCAUAUGUACCCCUGCUGUUGGAGGAUCCACACUCAUUUUUUGUGUAUCUGAUUUUAUACCUUAGCCCCUAUUUUUUCUUAAUUUGAGCUCACUUUUUUUGCCUUUCUUCCAUCCUUCUUCCCCCAUCAAGCUCUUUCCAGCAACCCACUCCUUUUUCCCCCUUGUUUCCAGUUUCACUUCAUCCACACCAAUGUUGGUAUUUCUGACACUAUUACCUGUGCAAUCUUGGCCAUAUGUGGCCCUAUUGACAGGAGUUACUCAGUAUAAGUAGCUUUCCACCCAAAAGCUCCCCUAUCACUGUUCAGUUUAGAGUAGUUGGACUGAGUUUACCUUAUUCAAGUCCUAGACACAAUUAUUUUACUUUAGCCUGAACUCUGCCACCUAGCUCUUACGAAGCACAAGUAGGUUCUUAUCAUAUGUGCUGAUAGUUUACAUCACCAGGGCAGCAGCCUAACUUGUUUUUUCACAUUUCUGCUGUGGGCUUCCAGGUUCCCUGUAGGGCCUUGGCUGUUGUGCGGCCACAAGCUCUGGUGGGCUCUCUUGUGCACAGACAUACUGAGAGGGUUGUGAACUCCUGAAUGUGUUGAAUGCUGACUUCAUGAAGCUGCAAGGCACCUUACGGUGCCAGGACCUACAAGAUGAGGAAAGAGAACUUUGAGGAAAUGAAAAGAAUGUAAUAAAGCACUCCAGUCACUUUUCUGAUAAUGCAUUUAAGGAAAAAAAUGACCUUCUAAAUAAUUUUGUAGCUAGUAAAAGCUCCAUUAGCUUUCAGAAUGUCUCUUUACAGACUAAUCAUCCCCACUUUUGGAAAUUAAAAAAAAAAGUUGUUUUUAUCUUCUCAUAUUUCAUUAGAUUUCUUUGUCCAUAUGUGAAUAAACCUACCACCCUGUCACACUGGAAAAGAAAUGUUUGUUUGUCUGACGGGUCUUACAGAUAUGAUAACAUCAUGAUCUUUUGUAUUAGUUCCAGAGAAAUGCCAGCUUAUUAAUGUGUUUAUAAAAGGAAAAGGUAGCCAGAUCUAUAGGACUAGCUUCACACAUUAUGUUCUGUAUAUUCAUUUACUUAUUUGAUUGUUGAGUUUUGUUUAGAAGGUGUACAUGUAAAACAUUAUGCUAUAUUAAAUGUUCCAGCAUUUUA